UGAUUUGCAGUCUCUAAUUGUUUGAUUCUAUGGUUCGAUGAGACCACUCUGUCAACACCGACUUCACAAACGUUCGAUAAGAAUGCAAGGGUUGCAAAAGGUAUAUAAAGAGCUACCAACUGGGACUGAAGAGACCAGGCGCACUCGUCUUACAAUUCGAAAUGGCCUUCAGCUACCUCUUGUCAGCUAUCACGACCAUUGCUGCACUGCAGUCAGCUAAUGCCGCUCUGACGAAACGUGUAACCUGUCCUGAUGGCAAUGUAGCCUCGGAUGCUGCCUGCUGUUCACUCUUUGCUGUUCGCGACGACAUUCAGCAGAGCCUAUUCGACGGCGGCGAAUGUGGAGAGGAGGUCCACGAAUCUUUGCGUCUCACAUUCCAUGAUGCUAUUGGAUUUUCUCCGAAGAUGACCGCGUCAGGUAGCUUUGGUGGUGGAGGAGCGGACGGUUCGAUUAUUACGUUCGCCGAUACCGAAACGGCAUUCCAUGCAAACAAUGGUGUCGAUGAGAUUAUUGAAGCGCAGCAACCAUUCAUUGCAAAGCACAAUAUGACUGCUGGUGAUUUCAUCCAGUUCGCUGGAGCCGUUGGCCUCAGUAACUGCCCUGGUGCACCACGCCUGGAGUUCUUGUUCGGACGCCCCCCAGCUGUAGCACCCUCUCCGGACCUUCUUGUCCCAGAACCUUUUGACACUAUCACCAGCAUCCUCGCGCGCUUUGGCGACGCAGGUUUCAGCCCGGAAGAGGUCGUUGCCCUUCUUGCUUCCCACUCGGUCGCUGCAGCCGACCACGUUGACGAAUCGAUACCGGGCUCGCCAUUCGAUUCGACCCCAUCUACCUUUGAUACUCAGGUCUUUGUUGAGGUUCAAUUACGCGGGACUCUCUUCCCCGGCACGGGUGGUAACCAAGGCGAAGUCCAAUCACCCAUAGGAGGAGAGAUUCGCUUGCAAUCUGACCACGACCUUGCCCGUGACUCACGAACAGCAUGCAUCUGGCAGUCCUUUGUCAACAACCAGGCUAAGAUGCAAACGGAGUUCAGGUCCGCGAUGGCGAAGCUCGCUACUCUCGGCCAGGACACUUCGAAGCUGGUUGACUGCUCUGACGUCAUCCCAGUUCCUCCACCAUUCACUGGCGCCGCUGUCUUCCCUCCUAGCUUGACGAACGAGGACGUUGAGCAGGCGUGCGCUACGUCAGCAUUCCCAACAUUGUCUACACUCCCUGGUGCAGCGACAUCUAUCUCCCCUGUCCCUGCGUCUUGAUGAUACGUAUAAUGUCACCGAUCAGGUCCACGAAUCAGAAUGGGCUCAAUAGUAGUAGAAAAUAAUGCUCUUACAUGUCUCUCUCUUUUGGGGAUUUGGUACUGGAUGAAUUGAGUCAAUGCUAUUAUUAUUUGC